GAACAUCCUCCUAAUGAACCGCAUUCCUGGUGCCAGCCAGUUUCGAACCACAAAACAGUCCAAAGUGGUGUCGUGUGUCCGCUGCUGCCAACAGAAACGCAAGUGCUCCCGAGAUCGGCCCUCAUGCCUGUACUGCGUGACCCACGGCCACAUUUGUAGCUACGUCAAUCCGGCUCAGAAACAAGUAUCUUCCACAAAACCCUCCUUUGACCUCACAUCGUGCUACCACAACGACCUUGCGUCCACCAAGGCCACCGCCGAUGAAGUCACAUCUUCCUCCAGCUCGACGGCGUCGCUGGACUCGGUGUUUUCGUCUAAGCAUGAGAAUUCAACACCACCCCAAAUCACUCCCAAAGCUCCUGCUACCGCCAGUUCGGUGCCAGCCAUCAACUGGUUGGUCAACCCGUCGACCGAAGAUGAACUGCUCUCUACACCUCCCAUGGAAUCACUGCCAGCUAGUCUGUGCCGCACCGUAGUGUCGACUUCGUCGCUGGUCCCGGUGGUGUUAUCGCCAGGCACAAAAAUUGUACCGCCAAUCAACUCGUUUUGGCCCAAAAGCUUGCCCAACACCUCCUGCUCUCCGGCUGACCCCAAGACACGUAUUAGCACAGGCCCAGCGUUCACAAAUGUAUUCAACUCGGCCCUCAACCAAAGUGCUCCUGCGAUGGUGGAAGACUUGAACUCGCUCGCUUCAUUUAUGCCGGAGAAAAGUUUGGCCGAUACGCUUUUUGCCCGGUUCAAGAGUUCCAUCCACCCCCUCAUCCCCAUAUUGGACUGGGAGGCUAUCUGCCCAAUUUAUGAGCGGUUUUGGAUCGAUAAGCUGGUGGACUUGUCGUUCUACAUCCAGGUGUUCACGAUUUUCUACGCGGCGUCGGUGUCGGAGUUUCAGGAGGUGUCGUUUCACAACUACAGCAACACCUCGGAGUACUCUGACCGGUUGAAGUACUUUGUGGGGGCGGCAGAGAUAGCAUUGGCCAUGAGUGGCUUUCCUCGGACUAUUUCGUUGAUCGGACUUCAGGCCUCGGUGAUUCUUCACUCGGUGGUGCGGAAUGAUUGCCGCUCUGACGACUGUGGUUCCAUAGGUACCUUGGUACGGUUGGCCCAGUUGAUCGAACUCCACAGAGAUCCGUUGAAAUACCAUAGAAUAGAAGACAAAAACGAAGCUCAGCUCAAAAGACUUCUUUGGUGGCAGAUCUACUAUCUUGAUACAACCACCGCGAUCUCUUCUCACUUACCUCCGAUUAUUACGGAGAACGAGUACGAUACGCUACUUCCCAAUGAGUACUACUUGGACCACAACGACAAGUUCAAGCUUGACCAGUCGCUUGCGUUUGCAAACGGGAAGUUUAGGUGGAUUGAAUGUUGUAACCGAAUGUUAAGAUUAUCGUUUAGUCUUCGUGCUCCAGAUUCAACUGCCAUUCAGAAGUUGGAGAAACACAUAAGCGACUUGUCUAUUCACUGUUCCUCAUUGAUUGAACGAAUGUUGAGUCCCGCUAAUAUUAAUCUUUCACAGGAAGCUUUUGUGAACUUCAGUGCGUCAGUGGUUUCGACCUUGCCUGACAGGUGUAAUAUUCUUUUGCAGGUACUUUUCACUGCGAAAGACGAACCUCCGCAAUCCAAACCUGAAAUCUCGUCCGUGUCAAAAGACAGCAUUCCUGCAACUUCUCGUAUGGUAGACAUCCAAGUGCACUUGUUACGAGAGUUCAUUCACCAUGGCUUGAUGCCCCAGAAUAUUCUCUAUUUGUGGGAAGUCCGCAAAUUCCAGCCUAUUCAAACUCUCCUUUCCUUGCUCAGAAACUUACUUCUUGAUAUCAAGCAAAUCAACGCCCAUAACACGCUACCUAGUGUCAAGAUGUUAAGAAACGACAAAAGAGUGAAGUGCAUCGAAGAUGCUGUGAGUAACCUUCUGUACUUAUCGAAGAAUACCACCAAAUUGUGUGAAGAGAGAUGGAAGUUUUUAAUCGACAUGAAGCAAUCAAUUUGGAAUAUCAUCUACGGCGAGACCGAGGUGGAUUCCUUAUACUUCUCAUCAACUCCUUCUGAAAAUGUGUUCUCGGAAACAAGUCUCAAUAAUGGUGCUCUGCCUGCGUACUGGGAAAAAUUCAACGAGGAAAUCAAUGAUUUCCAACAACUCAUAGAGGAUAACUUGAGUGUGAAGCUCUGGGAUGAGUCCUCAGGCCAUUUUUUUCUUUAAGUGUGUGUAUACUAAAUAGUGUAAAUUAUAUGUAGCGAUAACUUUUCGCAGCCAUUA